AUGGGUUGUUGUGGAGAUAGAGAGAAGCAGAAUCAGAUUCGCGCUGAGCAGAAGUGGGAUUACAUCACUCUGGACGACUUCAAGUCCAGUUCCUGCCUCACCCCUUUCUCGUAUUUCUUCCUCUAUGUAUUUCUGCUGGUUUCGAUUGCAGUGUACUCGGUUGAUACCUUUACGGCUAUCCAAUUGAUCGCCUUCGCUCACUGGGCCGGUCAGAUCAAGCCAAGCAUCCCCUUCACCGUAUCGCGCUGGAUCUUCGCUAUCUGUAUCUGCAUCUCGUUUCUGUUACUCAUCUAUCGAUGGAUACGAGCAAUUCGCGCGAUGCGAACAGGCGGCGUCGCGGAAAGCUAUCUGGAUCCUCUCGCCGUCCGCAUCCAAAGUAUCCGAACGGGAAAGCGAGGCCGUGGCUGGAAGCGAUUCUUGGUAUUCGCCGAGCUGACCAAAAGUAAGAAAGGCGCCGAGUACAUUGCUCUCUUCGCAUACUUCUCCUUUGAAUCAUGGCUCCGUGUGGUCUUUGCCGAAGGCCCUCGCCAGGUGGUCAAUGCGAUAACGCUGUACUCUGUCAUGCAAUUGAACUUGAUUCCGGAAGGACAACAUGCGGCCCCUAAAGGUACCCCACCGAUUGAGCAGUUCUUCAUCAACGUCAAGGCAUUGGCAGAGAAGAAUGAUCGGCAGGCAGUGGUGCUCUUCGGUAUGCUCUUCACCUUGAUCAUCUGGGUCAUCUCGGUUCUCAGUCUGGCCGUUUCGGUCAUUCUAUACCUGAUUUUCCUGUGGCACCAUAUUCCGACCGAGGACGGCUCCCUCAGGGCCUAUUGCCGUCGCAAGAUCAAUACCCGUCUCGAGCGCAUUGUGAAGCAGAAGGUCAACAAAGCCCUGGCUAAGGGUGUUGUCCUACAGGACCGGAAGCCAACUCAGCCCAAUGUUGGAGCCGGAGCCGACAUGAAACCGUCUCUUCCGACACUACCCUCCGUGGCAGGUCCGGACUACAGCAGGCUGCCACUGUCUCGGACAACCACUCAGACCACACUUCCACCGUACACGUCGCGACCUGGUACUGCCGCGCCAGACGAAAAGCCAGGUUCCCUGCGACAGCCGACGUUGCCUGAUUUAGGCCUAGACAACAAGUCUCGUUUGACCAGAACCACGACGCAGGGUUCCAGUAUCGAUGAGAGCUCUUUUAUGGAGAAUUCAAGGGUUGUGGGAUAUAGCCCCUUGGACCGCUAUCAGCCCUCUCCAGCUCCUUCUGUCCCGACACUACCAGAUAUUCCUCCCGUGCCUCGAUCCUAUACUCCAGUAUCAGGACCGCCUAUGGCUCAAGGCCGACCAGCGCCGGGGCCCUCACACAUGAAUGGACCAAAUCGUGGACCUGCGAAUGGAGGAUAUCCUGGCCCUGGACAAGGCUAUGGCUACCCUCCACGCGGACCUCCGCCAGCCAUGGGUCGUCCUGGGUUAAAUCCUCCAGACCGCGUCAACAGCCCUGCUGGCACGGCACCUCCUCGUUCAUUCACCCCUAUGGGCAACCCUCCGGGUCGUCCCUUCAGUCCUGCAGUCAACGCACCCGAGCGUCCCUACAGCCCUAGCGCUAGCAGCGUUAAUUCAACCCGACAUUUCACUCCCGCUAAUGGCAAUACGACAGCCCCCCCACGAAAUGAUCAAAGCUAUGUCCCGUUCAAUCCUGGUAUGGGUCCUAGGGCGGCCGAAACUCGCAAUCUGACACCAGCCUCCCCUUCAUAUGCCAAUGCCAGCUUCGCCAGACCGAGCCCCAGUCCGUCUGUUCCGAAUGGCAGCCGUCCGCCGCCUCAACGGAGCUACAGCCCUGCCCGUUACAACGGCUACUAG